AAAUCAGGAUGUAUUAAUUGUACGGGGGAGAGAAGCGGGUUUUAUCUUUUGGGCGGAAGUUUCCGUAUGCAGGAAGUCAGAAGGUGAAAACCCUACAGGGUGUGUUUGUUUGUUUUGGUUUUUAAGCGUGGAUUAUUUCUUUAUCUGUUGUGUUUCUCUAUAGACUUUGAAAGGGAGUGUCAUGUAAACGUGAUCAGCCAUUAAUUGCUGCAGAUCGGAUCGACGCUGGUUCGAAAACGGAGCUGGGUUCAAGAAUUAACAAAGUACUUCCAAGGUCUUUGUGAAGGACAUCUGCCCUGCUAAUACUUGGAAAAAGCAAAAACAUGAACGGUUAACAAGACUUUCCAAACGUGCCAAUUUGAAGGCUACGGAAUCCUACGAGGGGCAUUAUGCCUUCUUGGAUUGUUAUUUCAAGGUCUGCUGUUGCCGCUUUGCCUGGAAGAGGUCGCCUAUAUUCCAAAUACGUUCUGCCCCAGAAUCGAGUAGCAUGGAAGAGUUUGUUAGCCAGAAGUCAUUCAAAUCAGUUUCCAGCAGGCUGCAGUUGCAACAUCAAUAAUACUUUCCCUCUGAGAAAAGCCUUCCGACAUACCUCCACAGAGGAAGAAGACUUCUCUUUCCAUUUGACGCCAUCACAGAUCGAUGAUGUCUUAAGGGCAAGUGAGUUGUCCUACACUGUCCCUGAAUUUGAUGGGAAAAAACCCAGCUCAGUAUUGAAAUUCGAGUCCAACCACCUGGGGGCCAAUGUUCCCAUAGAAGACCGCCGAAGUGCUGUAACCUGUUUGCAGACCAGAGGAAUGAUGUUUGGUGUCUUUGAUGGCCAUGCGGGCUAUGCCUGUGCUCAGUCAGUCAGCGAGAGGCUGUUUUCUUACCUGGCUGUUUCUCUUCUGUCUCGGCAAACACUGGAAGAGAUUGAAUUGGCCAUGGAGUCUAUGAAACCAGUUCUGCCUAUUCUUCAGUGGCACAAGCACCCCAAUGACAGCUUCUUCCAUGAGGUUGCCUCCCUGUACCUGGAGCAGCUCAGAGUUUAUUGGCAAGACUUACUGAACCCGGACACAGAACUUGGACUAACAGUGGAAGAAGCUUUGAUCAGUGCUUUUAAAAGGCUUGACUCAGACAUAUCAUUGGAAGUUCAGGCACCUUCUAAAAAUGAACUGCUGAAAAAUAUAGCUCUUCAAGUGGCUUUCUCAGGUGCAACUGCAUGUGUAGCUCAUGUUGAUCAGAUUCAUUUGCACGUUGCAAAUGCUGGGGACUGCAGAGUGAUCCUGGGAGUUCAGAAUGCCAAUGGCACGUGGUCUGCUUUACCCCUUACACGAGAUCACAAUGCUUUCAAUGAAUCCGAAAUCUUGCGGUUAAAGAGUGAGCACCCGGCUUCUGAAGGGGACACUCUCGUUAUGAACAACAGGUUGCUGGGAAUCCUUAUGCCCUCCAGAGCUUUUGGAGAUGUCAUGUUCAAGUGGAGUCAGGAGCUGCAGCAGAGUAUCCUUAAAAACCACUGCAACCUGGAGGGUUUAAACAUUUAUGAGUAUGUCCCUCCCUGUUACCAUACACCCCCUUAUUUAACUGCUGAGCCAGAGGUCACUUACCACAAAAUCAGGAGGCAGGAUAAAUUCUUAGUUCUUGCUUCUGAUGGCCUGUGGGACAUGCUGAAUAAUGAAGAGGUGGUCCAGCUCAUUGCAAGUCAUACAGUUGAAGCUGAUGUCCAGAAAACCCAGCUUGCUUUUAAGAAACCAACCAGUCUGGGGUAUCUGCAAAACCUGCUGCUUCAGAGAAAGGCCCAGAUUGUCCAGCCUUGUGACCAGAACGUGGCGACCCACGUUAUCCGACACGCCAUUGGCACUAAUGACUAUGGGGAGAUAGACCAGGAAAAGCUUAUGGCAAUGUUGACUCUUCCUGAUGAUUUGGCACGUAUGUAUAGGGAUGAUAUCACUGUUACAGUGGUCUACUUUAAUUCAGAUGUAAUUGACAGAUACUACCAAGAGGAUGAAGAAGGAGUCCGAAGCGCAUGAAUUCUGAAUUUAGCUCCCUCUCAGCCUUGAAUUCCUGUAAAAAAUCAAUGCAUUUUUGACUUGUAAAAUUAUGUGGGGGUAAUAAUUUGAUUUUAGUGGAAUAGUUGGGCUUUGUAGCAAAUUGGAUGCCUGGGAGAAGGUAGUGCUAGUUGUUUAAUGUGAAACCUAAAAUAUGUAGCUAGAGAUGGGUGGUCUCUGAGCUGCUUGUGAUGAUCCAAAUGUCUAAAAUAGAUUGGAAUGGCCAAACAUUCUUUCCCUCUAUGAGCUCUCCAGAAGUGUCAUUGGUGAAAAGGUUGCAUGCAGGGGAAAGAUGAAUUAUCUUAUUCUAGGUGUGUUUCUGAGAUCAAUUUGGGCUGUGGUGGGGUUGGGGACUCCAAUCCAUACAACCUGAGUUGUACUGUAAUGCAGAGAAGCUGCUCAAAAUAGGAAGCUACUCUGAGCCUCUCAAAGAAUUAUAGACUGUAUCCAACAGGGUCCUUCUGCCAGGAGAAUGUCCACCUGUGCUGGGUCAAAUUCCCCAGUUCUCUGGAGUUCCUUAAGAUAAGUGUUUUCAUAGGACUGUGGAGGGUCAUUGAAACAGCGUUGCAUUUCUGCAAUGCUGAAUUUUGUUUUCUGUUCCCAAGGCACUAGCAGAGAUUCUCAAUUGCUUCAUCCUAUUAUGUCAAUAGGGAAGGUUUCUUUCAGCUGUUUAAACAGAGGGUUCAAUGUGAUCAGCUUUUCUCUUAGCUUUCUGCUUGAAGCCCAGCAACCCCUUUUCUUUUCUAAUCGGACUGUACUACUGUUCGUAUGCUGUGUUAAUUGCUGCUUGAAUAGAUAGUAGAUAUUACUUCAGGGAUUUCAAACCCUUGUUGAUUGCUUCUGCUACCGUAGCAAGUUGUACAUGAGUGCCUCUUGUCUUUAAAAAAAAAAAGCCUUGAAAAGGAUUACUAUUUGUAGCUAUGCUGCAUUCUUGAAAGGCAAUGGUAAGAUAUUUUCUAAUGCAAAGAGAAGGAUAUAUAUGCACCCUUGGAUCAACGCAUGAUGUUGAAAAUGAAUGGCUUUGAUUUCCUAGAAAUGGACAGAUAUUGUACUUUUUAUUUACUUUGGAUCUUUUUUUUAAAAAAAACUGUUGACUAACAUUCUGUUUGAAAACUGGAUGGAAAUGAAUAUGUAUCUGGUACCAGUCAUGUAUGAGUAAUGCACUGUGUUGAUGACUGUUCUCUGGAAAAGAUUAGUGUUUUAUAAUAGUACACAUUACUCACUGUCUGAAUCGUGAUUUUAGGGAAGUCUGCAAUGCUGUAUUUCAUUUCCAUUGAAUGGUUUGCUGAAUUACACUUUAUGUUCUUAAGAAAAAUAUAUGGUUCCAAUUCAACAUAAAAACCAAACAAUCGCCUUGUAUUGACAGACAGUGGAAUUUUCCAUAAGAUGAGUUUUUGAAGGACACAUCUGAUAGUAGAUGUUUUGUGACUAAUGCCCAGGGAAUUAAAGUCUUCAAAUGACACAAAGGAAGGAGUGGGUGGGAUGGGGCAGCUGAAUGAAGCUAGAAUGGUUGAUUAGAUUUGAUGUAGAUAAAAGAAGCCUGUUAUCUCCCCUUUCAGUUCCAAGAAUGUUGUGGUCUGCAACUUACAAGAAAGGGGAAGAAAUUGGUUAAGAAGAGCUGAGUAGUAGGAAGGAGAAAAACCUUGCAAUAUAUUGUGCUUAAAGAUUUGGAAAGGGGAAAAAAGACUUUUGUUAAAUUUUGGAUUAGAAAAACAUAAAGGGCUAAUCUGCUAGCAGCUUAAGCAAAACUUUUAUGUAUGCUUUGGCGUACAAGUGAAUUUUAACCAUAAAAUACUGCUUAAUACGGGAACCCAUCAAGGUCCUGCAUUUUAUAACCAAUGUUGCUAAGUGUUACUGGACUGCAUCAAAUGUGCAGAACAGUUUCUUAGCAGAGAGAGAUUCCAGCUGGUUGCUAGAGCAGUCUGCCCUUUGUCCUUGAACAGGUUUUUCUUUGACCUUCCAUUGUCCUCCAUCAAGCUAAUAGAGGGGAUCACUUGGUGUCAUUUUACAAGCAAGUGGAAUGUAACAAGUAAUAAAGGUAACAGGUCUUUUCUUUAACAAGACUUGUUAGCAAUUACUGCUUCAAAAGUCAUGCUUAACUUUUUAUUGUCACAGCUGAUGAUAAAAACUGAUAGCCUUGACUAUUUUUGAACAGAUAGGCAAAUAAUAUUUUGGAUGAUGUCCAUUCUUAUUGUAGCUGUUUUGCUAAUUGCUUUCACUUUCAUGUGUGGUAGGAGCUGACUACUUCUGGAUCCCCAAAUACAGUACCAGGAUUUGCCUUGUAUUUCAGGUACCCUGGGCUUAUCCUAAUCUGUAAAGGUUGAAGACUUUGUUUUGGUUCCUUAUCUAUUAAAUCUUCCUUGUUUUCUGCCUAUCUGAUUGAUCCCUUUAUUCAGAGCAAUUUUGUUUAAUGUACUUUUCACUUUGAUUAUUUCAAUCUCUUUAUGUGCUUUUAUUGGCUCCCUCCUGAUCCUUCCUUUUCCAGUUGUCCUUAAGGGUCCUGACUGUACCUCAUUCUCCAGUUUUCCUUGUGGCCUUUCUUGCACAUUUUGCAGAUGUUCUUAUACAGUUGAGUUUUUUCCUCUCGCCCUAGGUUCAAUCACCCAUCAGCACUUUUAUCCAGAGAACUUUCCUCAAACCUGCCUUAGCAAAACAAUUCCAAAAAGGAGAGGAUGUAUCUCUGAGCUGUCCUGGUCAAUGUCAUUGAGAUUGAAGGUUGUUUCUGAUACCUUAAUGCAAAAAACUGCAAAUACCUAUUUGUUCAUUUUAUUAUUAAUUUAUUUUACAGCCAAAAGGCCCAAAAAAAUACCUAUUUGAUAGAUUCUCAACUAGAGAGAUACUGAGAUUGAAUCUGGGAAUGUAUGCAUACAGAGCCAUGUGAUCUACCAGCGUCCUAUUAAAUGUCAACUCAAUUGAGGUGCUCAA